UUGGGGGGGGGGGGGGACACCUGCAUUCAAAUCGUUUUUUUGUCACCUUUAAAGUAACUAUUUGCUGCACCGAGAAGAAAAAAAAGAAGUUGACUUUCCAGACAGUUAAAAGAAUAGUUCUCCCGGUGUCUGUGGUAGGGCGUGUUCUCUGAAGCACAGAGGACAUCUGGUGAUGUGCUGUUGGUGAGGAGGUGCAAAACACAAAAUGGCGAAUGGAAGAGGACGGAAACCACCUAAAAAGAAUCUCAUCAUCAUCAGAGGUUUGCCCGGAGUUGGAAAGAAGAGCCAUGCAAGAAAGCUCCUUGAUGAAUAUGGAAGACCAGACGUGGCUGGAGGGAUAUACUCUGCUUCCAACUACCAUGCUAUGUUCAACUGGAACAAGUUCCACUUCCCACGUAACCAUCAGUGGAAUAGACGGGAUGUUUUUAGAGCCAUGAAGGAAGGUGUGGAUCCGAUCAUCGUUUACAACAUCCACUGUUUACUUUCUGACAUGUGGCCCUAUGUCUACAUGGGGAUGAGUUGGCGUGACUACCACAUCACUAUAAUAGAGCUGCCUGAAGGUUGUCCUAAAAACGCUUUGUCCAUCAACCAGCUGUACAGAAACUGUCGUGGUAAGAUCCCCAAGCAUAAGUUCAGGUACUGGGAGAAUUACUGGGAAGAAGCUGACGACAUCUGGGAUGUACUUGACGACGGCUCCUCCAUAGACCGCUGGCAGUAUGAAAGAGAGGAAUGGAUCCUCUAGUGAAGACACACCAGUACCUCCAUUUUGUGUGAACUACUGUUUUUAAUAUUUUUUUUUUUAGCUUUUUUCAAAACUACACUUUUAAAGAGUAUUGGUUACCUAGCAACCCCUAGAACCCAACAACAACUCAUACCUUACUGUUGUACUUGUCUUUCUUGCACUGACGCCUGUUUUGGUUGUGUCUGAGGCAUUUUUGGUAUAUCAUAUCGUUGAUCGUUGUUUUGGCACCACUCGAGUUAGAAGUUCAGAACGAGAAACUGUAAGCUAUAUAUAUAUAUAUAUAUAUUUAUAGAAGUAAUGGUCCUCAUAUUGAAAAAAAUAUCAGGAUUAGGGUUUUGGAUUUUUAUCAUCCUAAUCGAGGUGUAGAUUACAUCUCACAUUUCCAGUGUUCAAACAUGUUAACAAGUCUGCAUGGGAUUUUCGUCUCAAUGUGACUCUGUGCAGCCAAUGACAAUGUCCACUUCAGGUAUAAUCUCGGGAGCCACUUGCGGAUUUGACAGCUCUAACGCAGUUUCACCUUAACAAAAAAAAAAAAAUCUGAUUGAAUAGAGUCCUAAAUCGUUCUGGAUAAGUGCAUCUGCUAAACGUCAAAUGUAUAUGUUUACAUCGCCUGAUCCCAUAUCUGUUGCGGUCUCGCCAACUGCUAUUGGUCAUUGGUGUGACCGUAGGACCAUAGGAGUUGGCAAGAGCAUAGACUGCUCUGAGAUCAGGCUACAGUAGCCUACGCAUAAAUUGCAAGGCGUCACACUUUCGAAUGGUUUUCGUGUUGUAUGGUGCUUGAAACAACAGUUGUGGGUUUGAUUCCAACAUGGGUCACAUAUCGUUUUACUGUAUGCUUGAGAUAUGUUUCUUUAUACAGUAUUACAGAAACAGGACUGUGCUGUAGGCUACUAGAUUCAAGCAGAAGUGAUAGAAGUACAGAACUAUGUUUUCCGUAUUAUGUUAUUACCGUCCAACAGAUCUGCAGACUCCUAGUAGUCUAAAGUUAGUUCCUUCGUUUCUGACCGUUCAUAAAGUUUUUGCAUUUUUGUCGUUUUUAACAAUAACGUUUAAAUCUUUUUGAGGUUUUUUUUUCUACACUUUUCUAUAAAUUGGCAUCUAUAAUGUUGUGUUUUUGCUUUCAAUAUGCUUUGUUGCCAGCAAUAAAUAAUUUGAAAUAA